AUGGAUCAAGGAGCAUCGCUAGCGGAACAAUUGCUUGAGGCUUCUCGCCGUAACAAUACGGACCUUUUACAAAGCGUUAUUGAUAGCUUAGGAAAUGAUGAGACGAAAAUCGCCGAAUUGAUAAAUGAUAGUAAAGACCCAAUGGAUAACACUGCAUUACAUAUUUGCUGCCAAUAUGGUUCUUGGGAAAUUCUGGACAAAAUUCUAGACCAGAAUGGUGAGAUUGAAAUUGAUCCACGAAACUCGGUAGAUGGUGACACUCCGCUUCACGUUACCGUAAGAUACGCCUUAGGAGAGCCAGAACACGGUACGUUCAUUGCGCAAAAUUUACUGGAAGUUGGUGCAGAUCCUAGAAUUAAGAACAAAGCUGGACAGAAGCCGCUAGAUUUGAUUCAUGGAGACGAAUUGGACGACUUGAUUGAUUUGUUGCAAGGCGCUGAGAUUGCUGCGGAUAACGGUGGCGUUCUCGAACAACAAGAAGUCGAGGAGAUAGACGAUGGUCCUGAGGACCCUUAG